AUGGAGAAGGCAGCCCGAAGUCAGAGUGGCAAUGAGGUAGCCGGAGAGUCGCAGUCCAUCGACCUGCCAGUUGCUGAGGUCGGCCACAUGGACAGGCCUUUCACGACAUGGACCGCUAUCGGAAUCGCCCAUUCAAUCACCAACACGGCCAUGGGAAUACUUCUCACUGUGGGCACAACUAUCCCAUUUGGUGGCGCUCCGUUGUCCUUCUUCGGCUUCAUUCUCAUGGCCUUGAUAGGAUUGAGCACAGCCACCAGUCUAGCGGAGCUUGCUUCCGCCAUUUCACAUCCUGGUGGGCAGUACGUCUGGGUGGCCCGUCUGUCUCCAGUCACGCUGGCCAUGGUAGCGAUGACCAGGACUGACUUCGAAUACAAGCCGUGGAUGGGAUUUGUAGGGUACCACAUCGUCAACAUUCUGACAGCCUCUGUUAACUGUUUCGAGCGGAUUCUUCCCCAGCUAGGAAGCGGGUGUCUCAUCUUCACGGUCCUCUCGAUCCUGGCUAUCGUGGUCAGCCUUUUUGCAGGUUCGACGGAACGAGUGACCUCAGAGCAAUUCUUCACAGACUACUACAACAUUUCUGGCUGGCCUAAAGGCGUUGCAUUCCUCAUUGGUAUCAACGGCCUGAACUGGAGCUUCUCCUGUCUGGACGCAGUUGUGCACAUUGCCGAGGAAAUCCCUCAGCCAAGCAAAAAUAUCCCCAAGGCCCUGAUGUGGACGAUUGUCGUCGGCUUCACUACCGGCAUGCUUACAAUCCUGGCACUGUACAUCAACAUCUCCGACAUGGAGACCCAAACAGAUUUUCUGACAGUCGUGUAUUACAUCUUUCGGCAGAACAAACACGCCGCAUUCGGUCUCCAGUCCCUUGUUCUUGUUUCUACCACAGGGGCCAUGUUUGGCGUUCAGACUUGGCAAUCCAGGCUGGCCUGGGCUUUCGCACGAAACAGAGGGUUUCCUUUUCAAUCUUACCUCCGCAGGGUGGUACCGUCGCCAUUCAACACCCCGGUCUGGGCUAUCUUGUGGUCAGCAUGCUGGACGGCGCUGCUGAGCUUCGUGUACCUUGCGUCCAAAACGGCAUUUUCUUCCCUUAUUUCGUGCGGAAUUUUACUGCAAUACCUCAGCUAUGCUGUUCCCCUCGUCUUGCUCCUUUGUCAUGGGCGGCCAAACUUUGCCCACGGUCCCUUCUGGUUUCCCAAGCUUGGUUGUCUUGCAAACUUCUUUACCCUGGCUUGGACCGCAGUCGCUCUUGUCGUGUACUGUUUCCCUUACUAUCUGCCGGUCAGCGCUGCGGAGAUGAACUACACUUCUGUCAUCUUGGUUCUGAUCGGGCUUUACAUCAUUGCAUAUUGGGUGCUUUGGGGCAGCAAGGAGUUUGUUUUACCGGGAAUGGAGGAUACCUGCAAGCUCGACAUCACGGAGAUUAGAACCUGCGAACCGCAAGACCGAAAUCUCUACACGCGCUUCAGACUCGAAGGUCCCAACCAAGUCCUCUGGCACGAGACGCCUCAGCUAUCGGCUCCAGGCCUAUCGAUCAACCCCUCAAAGCCCCUCGAGCUGAAGGAGGCAGGCAUGGAGUACAUCCUGAAAAUCACCGGUCGCCAUGACAAGGACGACGUUGAGUUCAAAUAUGGCCUCUUGACCUGGACGACGGACUCGACGUCGGGGUUCGCCAAGUGCAGAGGUGUGACGGCUGAUGACUGGAACAAGGGGGGCAGCCACUGCCGAACUGAUUCGAGGCAGUUCCAGUGCGAGUUCGCCUGCUAA